AUGGCAAAUAUUACCAACACCCCCAAGACCGCGGCUGGCAAAUCAGCGGCCAAAUUGUCCAAGAAAGUGAUUAAAGGCUCGCAUGGUAAAGUGCUAAAGAUUCGCACAAAAGUGCACUUUUACAAACCCAAGACACUCCGAUUGGCCCGCACGCCGUUGUACGCUCGUAAGGCCGUGCCAUCGCGCAACAAGCUGGACAAGUAUCGUAUCAUCAAGUCCCCGCUUACGACUGAGUCAGCUAUGAAGAAGAUUGAAGACAACAAUACGCUUGUGUUUUUGGUGGAUUUACUUGCUAAUAAGCGUCAGAUCAAGGAUGCCGUGAAGCAGCUGUACGAUAUCAAGGUGGCCAAGGUGAACACGCUCAUCAGACCUGAUGGUCAGAAGAAGGCGUACGUGCGCUUGACUGCAGAUUACGAUGCGCUGGACGUGGCCAAUCGCAUUGGCGUGAUUUAA